UGGGGCCGUGGGCGUGGACAGCUUUUCAGGCGGCCGCCUUGCCGGCCCGGAGACAGCCUCGGUGGCAGCCGUGAAGCGGGACGGUUAACGGCUCCUGUCAAGAUGGCGGCGGCGGCGGCACGAGCUUGGGCCCUGCGAGGGGGGCUGGCCUUAGCCCGGCGCGGACCUCGCGGAUUGGCGGGAUCCGUGGCCCGGCGGCAGCAGGAAGAGUUCUCGUCCCUGGAUGAGAAGCCCCAGUUUCCCGGCGCUUCCGCCGAGUUUGUGGAUAAGCUGGACUUCAUUAAACCCAAUGUCAUUUCUGGCAUCCCCAUCUACCGUGUGAUGGACCGCCAGGGGCAGAUCAUCAAUGCCAGCGAGGACCCCCAGCUGCCUCAGGACGUGGUCCUAAAGCUGUACAAAAGCAUGACCCUUCUCAACACCAUGGACCGAAUCCUCUACGAGUCCCAGAGGCAGGGCCGGAUCUCCUUCUACAUGACCAACUAUGGGGAGGAAGGCACCCACGUGGGCAGCGCAGCCGCCCUGGAUGACGCAGACUUGGUGUUUGGGCAGUACCGGGAGGCAGGAGUGCUGAUGUAUCGGGGCUACCCGCUGCAGCUGUUCAUGUCCCAGUGCUACGGCAACUCAAGCGACCCCAGCAAGGGGCGCCAGAUGCCCGUCCACUACGGCUGCAGGGAGAGGAACUUUGUCACCAUCUCCUCCCCCCUGGCCACGCAGAUCCCUCAGGCCGUCGGAGCAGCCUACGCGGCCAAGCGGGCCAACUCCAACCAGGCCGUGAUCUGCUACUUUGGGGAAGGGGCAGCCAGCGAGGGCGACGCCCAUGCCGGCUUCAACUUUGCCGCCACCUUGGAGUGCCCCAUCAUCUUCUUCUGCCGGAACAACGGCUACGCCAUCUCCACCCCCAUCGAGCAGUAUCGGGGGGAUGGCAUCGCGGCCCGAGGCCCCGGCUACGGCAUCAUGUCCAUCCGCGUGGACGGCAACGACGUGUUUGCGGUGUACAACGCCACCAGAGAGGCCCGGCGGCGGGCGGUGGCCGAGAACCAGCCCUUCCUCAUCGAGGCCAUGACCUACAGGAUCGGGCACCACAGCACCAGUGAUGACAGCUCGGCGUACCGCUCGGUGGAUGAGGUGAACUACUGGGACAAGCAAGACCACCCCAUCUCGCGGCUGCGCCAGUACAUGCUGAGCCGGGGCUGGUGGGACGAGGAGCAGGAGAAGGCCUGGAGGAAGCAGUCCCGAAAGAAGGUGAUGGAAGCCUUCGAGGAGGCUGAACGCAAGCCGAAGCCCUCGCCCUCCCUCAUCUUCACGGACGUGUACCACGAGAUGCCGGCCCGGCUCCAGAAACAGCGGGAAGCCUUGAGCCGCCACCUGCAGACCUAUGGCGAGCACUACCCACUGGACCACUUCGAGCAGUGAGGGGAGCGAGCAGGGGGGACCAGGGCUGGGGGCCAGACCAGCGAGGAGGGUCGGCCCCGCUCGGCCUCUCCUCCCCCUUCUGCAGAGAGAGCCGACCGACGGGGGAGCGGGGCCGGGGACGGGGGGCAGAAGCCAUCCCCUGUCCCUCUGAACCCUUAGCACAACUCCCCUUCCCCAGGUCACUGCCCCGAGGGGAGGGGGACAGGCCAGUGAUCGCCACCAGCACCCCGUCUGGGACUGUGCCUUUUGGGAAAGCUCAGGCUGCUGAAGCCCUCGGGGCUCCUCGGGGGGCUGCGACUCGCCUCCAGACCAGAACCCGGAUGCGGCCUCACCGUGGGCUGAGAGGGAUGGGACCUGGUGCUCUCGGGUGGCUGGGACUCAAAUAAAGACUUCUUUGCCUUUG